GUAACUGUUGACGGAGUACAGACGGAUGUGCACCAAGUAGUUCCACCACCCUACAAGAGCACCUUCCAGAAGUUUUGCACCAAGCUCAAGGAAACUUUUUUCCCUGAUGAUCCUCUACGCCAAUUUAAGGGACAACCUCUUAAGACACAACUAAUCCUCGGAGCUAAAUAUGUGUUCCCUAUCUUUCAAUGGGCUCCUAAUUACAACCUCAGACUCUUUAAAUCUGACCUUAUUUCUGGUCUCACAAUUGCUAGUUUGGCCAUCCCCCAGGGAAUCAGUUAUGCAAAGCUUGCAAAUCUUCCUGCAAUUCAGGGACUCUAUUCUAGUUUUGUUCCCCCUCUUGUGUACGUUGUUCUUGGAAGUUCAAUGGACCUUGCAGUAGGACCUGUUUCUAUUGCUUCCCUAGUACUAGGAUCCAUGCUCGCAGAGAAAGUGUCUCCCACUGCGCAACCUGAUCUAUACCUUCAGUUAGCUUUAACUUCGACAUUAUUUGCUGGGAUCUUUCAAUCCGCUCUUGGAAUUCUAAGAUUAGGAUUUAUCAUUGAUUUUCUAUCAAAGGCAAUUCUUCUGGGGUUCAUGGCUGGAUCAGCUAUAAUUGUAGCUCUGCAACAACUCAAGAGCCUUCUCGGAAUCAAACAUUUCACUAAAAAGAUGGCCCUCAUUCCUGUUUUGACUUCUGUUUUUAAGAACACUAACGAGUGGUCAUGGCAAACAAUAUUGAUGGGGAUUUCCUUCUUGACGUUGCUACUCCUUGCAAGACACAUUAGCAUAAGGAAACCAAGGCUAUUCUGGGUCUCAGCUGGAGCUCCUCUUCUCUCUGUAAUAAUCUCUACGGUCCUGUCUUAUGUAAUCAAAGCUGAACGUCAUGACAUCAGUGUGAUUGGAAAAUUGCCACAAGGAGUAAAUCCUCCUUCAGCGGAUAAGUUAUUCAUUCAUGGAAGUCAUCUCCCUCUGGUCAUCAAAACUGGCCUUAUCACUGGCAUUUUAUCCCUCACUGAGGGAAUUGCAGUUGGAAGAACAUUUGCUACUAUCAGAAACUACAAAGUGGAUGGAAAUAAGGAAAUGAUUGCAAUCGGGUUCAUGAAUGUGAUUGGCUGCACCACAUCCUGCUAUGUUACAACAGGAUCUUUCUCUCGCUCAGCUAUCAAUCAUAACGCAGGUGCUAGAACAGCAAUGUCUAACAUAGUAAUGUCUGUUACUGUCUUGGUGACUCUACUGUUUCUUAUGCCAUUGUUUCAAUACACACCAAAUGUUAUAUUGGGUGCAAUCAUAAUAGCAGCAGUAAUUGGCCUCAUUGAUAUCCCUUCUGCUCGUCUCAUUUGGAAGCUAGACAAAUUCGAUUUCAUUGUGAUGAUGACUGCAUUCUUUGGUGUGAUUUUUAUCUCUGUCCAGCUCGGCCUUGGUAUUGCAGUCGCAUUAUCAGUUUUCAGGAUACUGCUUCAAGUUACAAGGCCAAAAACAGUAAUGUUGGGGAAAAUACCUGAGACAAACAUAUAUAGAAAUCUUCAUCAUUAUAAAGAAGCUGUAAGAGUACCUGGUUUUCUUAUUUUAAGUAUAGAGUCUCCCAUCAAUUUCGCCAACAUUACAUAUCUCAACGAGAGAAUAUUACGAUGGUUAGAAGAAGAAGAAGCUAACAAAGAGCAAAAGCUUCAAUUUGUGAUUCUGGAAAUGUCAGCUGUGAGUACCAUAGACACGAGUGGAGUCUCACUUUUCAAGGACUUGAAAACAGCAUUGACAAUGAAGGGUGUUGAGCUUGUGAUGGUGAAUCCUCUAGCUGACGUCAUAGAAAAGCUGAAAAUAGCAGAUAAAGCUAAUGAUUUCAUUCGACCAGAUUACCUUUUCUUAACAGUUACGGAGGCUGUCACUUCACUUUCAUCAACAAUGAAGGAGGGUCAAUCACCAAGCGAGGAA